UUUUUUAAACAAAUAAUUGUUUUAAAGAUUUAUUAAAUAAAGAAAAUGGCUGAAACUGAGGAAGAAAAACCUACAUUUGGCAAAUUUUGUGGUUAUCAUUGGAAGGGUGUGUUUAGCAUAAUAGUACCCAUUAUUUUAAUACCCGUUCCUCUGUUAAAUGAAGGAGCUGAAUUUCGUUGCAUGUAUUUGAUUAUGAUUUGUUGUCUUUAUUGGAUUACGGAAUGUAUUCCUCUUUAUGUUACUUCACUAAUGCCCAUGUUUGCGUUACCACUAUUGGGGAUCUUAGACUCGGAAACAACAUGCAUGCAAUAUUUUAAAGAUACUUUGGUCAUGUUUUUGGGUGGUUUAAUGGUUGCCUUGGCUGUGGAAUAUUGUAAUCUUCACAAGAGAUUGGCUUUAAGAACUAUUCUAAUAGUGGGCUGUAGUCCAAGACGCUUGCAUUUUGGUCUAAUAUGUGUAACAAGUUUCAUAUCAUUAUGGAUAUCAAAUGCGGCCUCAACGGCUAUGAUGUGCCCGAUAAUUAAGGCGGUAAUGGAGGAAUUGGAGACGAACAAUGUUAUAGAUGUUUACAUGGAUGAGACGGUAGAACCGGCAGUAGAUGGUAAAAAACAUCCCUCUAAAAUUGCCAUGGGAUUUUAUUUUGGUGUGGCCUAUGCUUCGACUAUAGGUGGCUGUGGUACUCUUAUAGGAACUGGCACCAAUUUAACCUUAAAGGGCAUAUAUGAAAAUCGCUUUCCCGAUGCCACAGAUAAAAUAGAUUUUCCCAAGUUUAUGGCCUGGUCUAUGCCCAUGGUUGUGGUCGAUACUUUAUUGUUGUACUUUUUUCUGCAAAUUACACAUUUUGGCUUAUUUCGUCCGCACAGCAAAGAGGGCGAGGAAGUUGCUAAAGGUACCUUGGCUAAGGAUACGGUUAAGGCAGUGGUUGUGGAAAAAUAUGCUGAAUUGGGACCCAUGUCGGUACAUGAAUGGCAGGUUUUAUGGUGGUUUGUUUGUAUGGUUGUCUUACUGUUUACCCGAGCGCCUGGUUUUAUGCCCGGUUGGGGUGAUUUUUUGAAUGCCGUAUCUAUAAGAUCUUCCUGUCCAGUUAUGUUUGUGGUCUUGGCUUUGUUUAUGUUUCCCAUGACUUGUUUCUGUUGUAGCCAUUGUAAAUCGGAAGGUCCCUAUCCAACGGUCCGUGAAAAGGCUCUAUUAGCCUGGGAAUUUGUAAAUGAAAACACCCCCUGGGGAUUAGUGUUCCUCUUGGGCGGCGGUUUCGCCCUAGCCGAAGGCAGUCAAAGCAGUGGCAUGGCAAAACUUUUAGGUCAAGCUAUGACCUUUCUUUUGAAUUACCCGGCCCUGGCAGUGCAAAUGGCCGCUAUAGUCUUUGCCACGGUUCUAACAAAUUUCAGUGCAAAUGUACCGAUUUGUAAUAUUCUAGUGCCCAUUUUACAGGAAUUGGCUGUAGCCAUUAAAAUGAAUCCCAUAAUGUUGGUAUUUCCAGCGGGCAUUGCUUGCAGCAUGGCUUUCCAUUUGCCCGUGGGUACGCCAGCAAAUGCUAUUAUAGCCGGUUAUGCGGGCAUUAAAUCCAAAUAUAUGGUAAGUACACAUCUAAACUAAUUAAGUCUAUAUCUAAAAUUCGUAGCU